CUGUUGUUGUUGUUUAAGUUAAAAUUUAUGUCCGAGUUAUUGAUCAGUUUCAUACCUACUUAGAGGUAUAUUUAGCUGAUAUCAAGAACUGAAUUCAAAUAUUAAGUUGUGUUUUGAUCUCGUAUUAUAGAAGUCUCGCGAUAACUCUUGGGGUUGCCAUUUAAAGCAGCGCCAGCAGCGAGGCGCGAAGCCCGGACACAGGAUCCGUUAUCCGGACAGAGGACACACGUUCAGCCGCUCACAUCCCAUCGAGCUGCUCUAUACCCAGCAUGAUGGCGGACGACCUGGACAUCGAGGCGAUGCUAGAGGCUCCAUUCAGGAAGGAGGACGGGAAGAACCAGAGCCCUGAAGGACAGGAGGAGCGCAGCAAGAGGAAGAAGCGCAGCCGCAGCAGAGACAGGAAGCGCAGCCGCAGUCGGGACAAGAAGAGGAGCCGCAGCCGCGAACGUAAAGGCAGCCGCAGCCGCGACCGACGCAGGAGCCGCAGCCGAGAGCGCAGGCGCAGCCGCAGCCGAGAGCGGGGGGGCCGCUACAAAGACCACCACAAGCACCGCAGACGGUCGAGGAGCAAGAGUCCAAUCAGGAAGGAGAAAAGCCCGCCCAGGCUGCCACUGGACAACUUGACCCCGGAGGAACGGGACGCCCGCACCGUGUUCUGCAUGCAGCUGGCGGCCCGGAUUCGACCCCGUGACCUGGAGGAGUUCUUCUCUGCUGUAGGGAAGGUUCGGGAUGUGAGGAUGAUCUCUGACAGGAACUCACGGAGGUCAAAGGGCAUCGCCUACAUUGAGUUUGUGGAGGCCAGCUCUGUUCCUCUGGCCAUCGGCCUGACGGGUCAGAGGCUGCUGGGGGUUCCCAUCAUCGUCCAGGCCUCACAGGCAGAGAAGAACCGAGCUGCUGCUGCUGCUGCAGCCAACAGCCUUCAGAAGGGAUCGUUUGGCCCCAUGCGGCUCUACGUCGGCUCACUGCACUUCAACAUCACAGAGGAGAUGCUGAGAGGGAUCUUUGAGCCGUUUGGACGGAUUGAAAACAUCCAGCUGAUGAUGGACAGCGAGACGGGCCGAUCUAAAGGCUUCGGCUUCAUCACGUUCGCAGACGCAGAAUGCGCUAAGAAGGCGCUGGAGCAGCUGAACGGCUUCGAGCUGGCGGGCCGGCCCAUGAAGGUGGGUCAUGUGACUGAGCGGACCGACGCCGCCGCCGCUUCCUCCUUCCUGGACAAUGACGAGCUGGACCGAUCCGGCGUGGACCUGGGAACCACGGGGCGGCUGCAGCUGAUGGCCCGGCUGGCUGAAGGUACCGGCCUGCAGAUCCCUCCUGCCGCUCAGCAGGCGCUGCAGAUGAGCGGCGCCAUCGCCAUCGGCGCGCUGGCGGCCGUGUCAGCUGCCAUGAAUCCACCUCUGACCAUGAACAUGAGCACUCCGGCGCUGAACCUGCCGUCUCAGCCGCUCGCCACUCACUGCUUCCAGCUGUCCAACAUGUUCAACCCCAACAGUGAGAACGUGCUGGGCUGGGAGCUGGACAUCCAGCACGACGUCAUCGAGGAGUGCAACAAACACGGAGGAGUCGUCCACAUCUACGUCGACAAGAACUCAGCCGAGGGGAACGUUUAUGUGAAGUGCCCGUCCAUCCCGUCUGCCAUGGCCGCCGUUAACGCUCUGCACGGCAGGUACUUUGGAGGUAAAAUGAUCACAGCGGCGUACGUCCCUCUGCCCACCUACCACAACCUGUUCCCAGAGUCUGCCACUGCCACGCAGCUGCUGGUUCCACCGGCCAGGCGGUGAUCAACAACACCGACUUCUGAUUGGACGAUAGAUCCCGCCUUCUUUUUAAACCCUGAAAUCCCAUUGGACCAGUUUGACUCCUUGUCUGACUGCCAGCAGAGGGCGCUCUCUGUUUUCUUCUGGACAUAAACAACCACCUCUCCUCCCAUUGGUUGCUUCCAAACACUGGUCACAUGAUCAUGUGAUGCAACACUAUCGACUUCCUAAUUCCUUAGUUUCAUUGGUGAGAUCUCUCUGCGGCCCGCCCCCGACCUCCAACUAUUGGCUCUGUGAGCCGUGUGGGGGCGAGGCAGCGACAAGCUGUCAGUUGAUUGGUUGGGCUGAAGGUUUAGUAUUUAAGUGUUUUUUCUAAAGCAAAUUUGAUUUUGUAAAAUUAUUGAUUAAAAAUUAUUUUCAUGUCUCUCUGAAA